AAAAAAAGAAUGAAACGCAUAACUGUAGAAUAUUAUCGUGCCGGAACACCUUAUUUACCUCCAGAAGCUAUUGAGGAAAUUAUUCGAUCUCGGGGAACAAUUAAAAAUGCAUGUAAGGAGAUGGUUGAUAAAUAUG